AUGCACUUGAACAGCUCCAGCAGCCUCGGCAUCAUCCUACAGCCCCAUCUUGUUGAGCAGUACAGUUGCCACAGGCGUUGGCGCGGCGGCGGGACCUUCUCGUUGUCCCGGCAUGCUUUGGACCACUUUCCAGCCCACCUCCUGGCCAUGGAUCAGCUCCUUGAAACGCUGUUCCUGUUUAGCUCACACUUGAAGGAGGGCUUGGUGUUGGGUCUGCUGGAGCUCAACGAGCACCUUUACCAGCUCACCCAGCGGCGACGACUCCAUGCUGGCAUACCCUCUUUUCCUUCCAAGGUUUCGGCACCAAUCCUGACAAAUGGAGAAAAUUGCCAGAUUCUGGAAAACCUAGCUUAUCCUCUGCUAACUAAGGAUGGAAAUGUGAUAAUUGGAGGAAUCUUUCCAAUGCAUGGUGUACAGAUGCAAUCAUUUACAUAUACUGAAAAACCUCAACCAUUAUCCUGCAAUAGUUUUAACCUUAGAGGAUUACGACUGGCUCAGAUGAUGACUUUUGCAAUCGAUGAAAUCAACAGAAGCAACCAAUUGCUUCCAAAUAUCUCAAUUGGUUACAGGAUUUAUGACAACUGUGGAACAAGGUUGUUGAGCAUGAGAGCAGCCAUGGCUUUGAUGAAUGGUGUGGACUUAAAACCAAAUGAUGCAUGCUCUGGACAAACAGUUGUACAAGCCAUCAUAGGGGAAUCAGACUCUUCUUCUACUGUCGCACUUUCAAAAACUACAGGACCUUUUAAUAUCCCAGUGAUAAGUUAUGCUGCCACAUGUGAAUGCCUGAGCAACAAAAAAGAGUAUCCCUCCUUCUUUAGAACCAUAGCAAGUGACAUCUACCAGAGUAAAGCACUGGCAUAUUUGGUCAAGCACUUUGGCUGGUCUUGGGUGGGAGCUGUAAACAGUGAUAAUGACUAUGGCAACAAUGGAAUGGCCAUUUUUCUGAAUGCAGCCAAAGAAGAGGGAAUUUGUGUUGAGUAUGCAGAGAAGGUUGACCGGACAAAUCCGGCAAAUAUUUUAAAAGUGGCAGAAAUUAUUAAGAAAAGCACCGCCAAAGUAAUUAUUGUAUUUCUUGCCCACUUCGAUAUGAACGUUCUAAUAGAUCAGCUUAUUCUGAAGAAUGUUACUGGCUUCCAGAUGAUUGGUGUUGAGGCAUGGAUUACUGCAGCAAAUCUAGUAACACCUGCUAGUUAUAAAAUUUUGGCUGGAUCCAUUGGUUUUGAUGUGGGAAAACUGAACAUUGGUAGUUUUGCUGACUAUGUUGUAAAUGAAUUUUGGCAAACAGCAGUCCCAUGCUUGAAUACAAAAGGAAACAUUUCUCAAACUGAAAACAACUGCAGCAAAUAUGAAGAUAUGAUACCUUUUAAAAAUUAUAAUGAGGAUAUACCAGAAUUAAGAUAUGCAAAAAACUUAUACAAUGCAGUUUAUUCUGUGGCACAUGCACUACACAGCCUGAUGAGAUGCACAGGAAACAGUUGUGAAACAAACAUAACAAUACAACCAUGGCAGGUUGCCGAUGCUCUUAAAAAGGUUAAUUUUACCACCAAAUUAGAAGAAAAAAUUUUGUUUGACAGCACUGGAGCAACCGCUGCAAAGUACGACGUGGUGAACUGGCAACGAGGGUUCAAAGGAGAAGUGCAGUUUAAAGCAAUAGGAUAUUAUGAUGCUUCUUUGCCAAGUGGACAACAGUUUGUCCUAAAUGCUGAAAAUAUCAUGUGGACUGGAGAAAAAAGAGAGAAGCCAAGGUCUGUGUGCAGUGAAAGCUGUCCUCCAGGAACCAGGAAAGCUGCACAGAAAGGAAGGCCUGUCUGCUGUUACGACUGUAUACCAUGUGCAGAGGGAGAAAUCAGUAACCAGACAGAUUCAAAUAACUGUGAGCAGUGUCCAGGAGAAUAUUGGUCUAAUGCUGAAAGAGAUAAAUGUGUGUUAAAGGUUAUAGAGUUUCUCUCAUUUACAGAGGUUAUGGGGAUUAUACUGGUACUUUUUUCUUUGUUCGGUGCUGCAUUAACUAUAUUAGUAGGCAUUUUAUUUAUAAUAAAAAAGGACACUCCUAUAGUUAGGGCCAACAACUCUGAGCUGAGCUUCCUGCUGUUGUUCUCACUGACUCUGUGUUUCCUCUGUUCACUUACGUUCAUCGGACGGCCCUCUGAGUGGUCCUGUAUGCUGCGCCACACAGCUUUUGGAAUCACAUUUGUACUCUGUAUCUCCUGUGUUCUGGGGAAAACAGUAGUGGUGUUAAUGGCCUUCAGAGCUACACUUCCAGGCAGCAAUGUCAUGAAAUGGUUUGGGCCUCUACAGCAGAGACUCAGUGUACUUGCAUUAACUCUCAUACAGGUUCUUAUUUGUGUACUUUGGUUAACACUUUCUCCUCCUUUUCCCUACAUGAACAUGAACUACUACAAGGAAAAGAUCAUAUUAGAAUGUAACUUGGGCUCAGCUAUAGGUUUCUGGGCCGUGCUGGGUUAUAUUGGAGUUCUGGCUUUCUUGUGUUUUGUUUUGGCUUUUCUAGCUAGAAAGCUGCCUGAUAAUUUUAAUGAAGCAAAAUUCAUCACAUUCAGUAUACUCAUAUUCUGUGCAGUGUGGAUCACCUUUAUUCCAGCUUAUGUCAGCUCUCCUGGAAAAUUCACUGUAGCUGUGGAGAUCUUUGCCAUUUUGGCCUCCAGUUUUGCUCUGCUGUUCUGUAUAUUUACUCCUAAAUGUUAUAUUAUUCUGUUUAAACCUGAACUAAACACCAAGAAAAAUAUGAUGGGCAAAAUAGCAUCUAAAUCCCUUUAA